ACUGUGAAAUUCGAUGUAGAACGGUUGGCCCGUCGAAAAUAGCUACAAAAUGUGGAUCGCUCUGCUGGGAACUCCAUUUUUGUUGGUGGCCCUUUGGUUGUGGGUAAAACAACUAAAUAAAACAUACUUUAUUCUUUCACUAUGCAAACGAGUGCGAACGGAAGAUGGCAGUCCAUUGGAGAGCAAAGUGGCUGUAAUUCCCGGGAAAACGCGAUUCGGCAACAACUUGGAUCUUCUGAACUUUACGCCUGCAACUGUUUUUAGCUUCAUGCGAGAAUCUACUGCCAAAGCCAAAGGUCAGAAUUAUGUGUGGUAUUUUCUGUUUGCCCCCGAGUAUAAUGUGGUGCGUGCCGAGGAAGCAGAAGAGAUAUUCCAGAGCACCAAACUAUUAACCAAGAAUAUGGUUUAUGAACUGAUCAGGCCGUUUUUAGGUGACGGCCUCCUGAUCAGCACAGACCAAAAAUGGCAUUCUAGACGGAAGACUUUGACGCCUGCUUUUCACUUUAAUAUUUUGCAGUCUUUUUUGUGUGUUUUUAAAGAAGAGUGCAACAAGUUCCUCAAAGUUCUUGACAGAAAUGUAGACGGCGAGUUGGAUCUUAACCAGGUUAUUCCACAGUUUACUUUAAAUAAUAUAUGCGAAACCGCCCUGGGUGUAAAACUAGACGACAUGUCGGAGGGCAAUGAAUACAGAAAAGCCAUCUACGCCUUUGAAGAAGUUCUGAUACAACGCGUUUGCAAUCCGCUGAUGUAUUACGACUGGUACUUUUUCCUUUUUGGAAACUAUCGCAAACAUGCGGAGAAACUUCGGAUUGUCCACGACUUUUCAAGUCGCAUUAUUGAACGCAAAAGGCAGCAGUUCCAGCAAAAGCAACUUGGGGAAGUGGAUGAAUUCGGAAAGAAGCAACGAUAUGCCAUGUUGGAUACCCUUUUGGCAGCCGAAGCAGAGGGUCAGAUCGAUCAUCAGGGAAUCUGCGACGAGGUCAACACUUUCAUGUUUGAGGGAUACGAUACCACAUCCACCUGUUUGAUCUUCACUCUACUCAUGUUAGCCCUGCAUGAGGAUGUGCAAAAGCGAUGCUUUGAAGAGGUGGAAAAUCUUCCCGAGGACAGCGAUGAAAUCACUGUGUUCCAGUUCAACAAAUUAGUCUAUUUGGAGUGCGUGAUCAAGGAAUCGCUGAGGAUGUUUCCCUCGGUUCCCUUCAUUGGACGCGAAUGUGUAGAGGAGAGUGUGGUGAAUGGUUUAAUCCUUCCAAAGGACACCCAGAUCAGCAUCCACUUAUACGACAUAAUGAGGGAUCCUCGUCACUUCCCAAACCCAAAUCAGUUCGAACCAGAAAGAUUCCUCUCGGAGAACACGGUGAACAGGCAUCCCUUUGCCUUUGUGCCUUUUAGUGCUGGUCAAAGAAAUUGCAUUGGUCAGAAGUUUGCCAUUCUGGAGAUGAAAGUACUCCUGGCAGCGGUUAUCAGGAAUUUUAAACUGCUGCCCGCCACUCAGUUGAAGGAUUUAACUUUUGAAAACGGAUUAGUUCUACGCACCCAACAGAAUGUUAAAGUCAUGUUGUCUAAGAGAAUCGAAGGGUGAUUUACUUAAAUAAUA